AUGAUUGUGAGGUCGAGUUGGUCUCUGACACAGGAGCUGUCAGAGUGUAAGGAGCGUAUGUUGGAACUAGAGAAGGCCUUGGAGGAUCCAGGACAGGAGAACAGGGCCAGAGAGCUGGAGGGGAACGACCCAUCUCCAGUUGAACUCAUCCAGAAGAUAGAACAGUUGGAGGUUGGCUUGGCGGAGAGGGAAGAGCUGCUCCUGGAGAAGGACUUGGUGUUUGAGCAGGUGACCCGGCUUUCUCAGCGAAUCAGAGCUAAGGCCGAAAACGGCAAGCAGGACACACUGCAGCUAGCCAAGAAGCAGACUGACUCCCUCUCACCCCAGCUCCCUGCAGGGCCCAGCCCAGUGUUCCGGAUGGAGUAUCACCUGCCACACAGGCCAAGGCUGUUAUUAUCUCAAUGA